AUGUGCAACUAUGGUGAAAUUGAUACGGAAAAUGAAUUAAUUCAAAUUGAUAAUGUGCCUAAUUUUGUUCGUAUUAAAUGGAAUAAUAUGAAAUUAGCUUCGUUAGCACAUGGUGAAUGUGAAACAGUUGAUUGUGUUGAUGGAUAUGAAAUGAAAUCAGUAUUAUGUGGUUUGUUUAAUCGUAUGUAUGAAAACUCUUGUCACAUAUCACCGGACUCAGCUAGUGUAGCAUUUAAAAUGAAUGUCACAGAGUCUUUCCUUAAAACUAUUCCGAAGAGUUUUGAAAAUGCUAUACAAACAAUCGUUCAUAACAACACUUAUAAUACAAAUUACAAAG